AAAGAUGGAGGAGGAAGGCACAGAAGAUAAUGGCCUGGAAGAAGAUUCCAGAGACGGGCAGGAGGACAUGGACGCAAGUCUGGAGAACUUGCAGAAUAUCGAUAUGAUGGACAUCAGUGUGUUAGAUGAGGCAGAAGUCGAGGAUGGCAGUGCUCCCGACUUCGGGGAGGACGGCACCGACAGCACCCCUGACUCCCUCUGUGACCGUAAAGAGUGCGUGGCUGUACAACUGAGACAGCAUCCGGCCCAGCUCCCAGAGCAUGCUGUGGAUGGAGAAGGAUUUGAGAAUGCUUUGGAAACUUCAUCAUUGGGCUUCAAAGUAACUCCGGAUAUUGAAGAACCUCUGUUGGAGCCAGAAAAUGAGAAAAUACUCGACAUUUUGGGGGAAACUUGUAAAUCUGAGCCAGGAAAAGAAGAAGGUUCCGAGCUGGAGCAGCCAUUUGCACAGGAUACAAGUAGCGUGGGGCCAGACAGAAAGCUUGCGGAGGAAGAGGACCUUUUUGACAGCGCCCAUCCGGAGGAGGGUGACUUAGAUUUGGCCAGCGAGUCAACACACGCUCAGGCGGGCGAGGCAGACAGCCUGUUAGCGGUAGUGAAAAGGGAGCCCGUGGAGCAGCCGGGCGAUGGCGGCAGGACGGACUGUGAGCCUGUAGGGCCAGAGCCGGCAGUUGAGCAGAGUAGCGCGGCCUCCGAGAACGCGGAGGCCUCUAGCGAGGAGGUCGCGGAAGCGCCCACGGAAGCCCCAAGCCCCGAAGCCAGAGAUAGCAAGGAAGACGGGAAGAAGUUUGCUUUUGAAGCUUGUAAUGAAGUCCCUCCGGCUCCUAAAGAGUCCUCAGCCAGUGAGGGCGCUGAUCAGAAAAUGAGGUUUGUUUUUUCUCAGUUUUAGACCAGACGCUAUCUCCUUUCCAUUGGUCGUUUAAUGACACACAUAAGCUGUUUUUUCUGCAAUUGGCCAGCCAGACUGAUGAAAUUGUAGUUUCGCUUCUAAAGAUUGUUUUAUUUCUC